AUGGGUGAGAAAGCAGCAACCAAAGAAACUCUUCUUGAGCUCAUGAACUUGUUUCAAAAUCCUGAGAAAGACGUGAGAAACGUUGCAUGCUACACACUGAUCAAAAUUAGUGACAAAGUGGCAACAGAUGAUUUAAUCACCCUCGCUGAUAAACAAUGGAAUGUCAGAGCAGCUGCGUCUGAAACAUUAAAAGCGUUUGGAGACAAGGUGGCAAUUGAUCAAGCCGUGAAAGCACUCAUUCCAUUACUAGUAGAUGAAAAGGAUGAAGUACAAAAGGCCGCCUACGCUACACUCAUGAAUAUGCCUCCCAAAAUGUCAACUCAAUCUAACGUCGAUGCAAUCACAGGGAUGAUGUAUUAUCACCGCAUAGAAAAUGCCGCACAGCGAGCACUGACGGGAAUGUUCUACAAAGCAAUUGACAUAAGUAAGCUCGAGAUUAUACACAAAGCACUACGAUCUGAAAAUGACGGCGUCACGUACGCGGUAUGUGAGGCACUCAUGCACGCGAAAAGCAAUGCAGCAACAGCUGAUGCUAUUGAAGCGCUUAUUCUAAUACUAAAAAGAUCAGAAACUAGCUGUACGCGGAUUGCUUUGGAAGCACUUGCGAGAAUGUGCUAUAUCGCAGAACCCACAAGAGAGCGACCUAUAAGCUACAUGUAUGUGGCAAGACGGGAACCUCAUUAUGAUUUAAUUAGAAGUGCUAUCAGAGAGCUUUUCAAACACUACGAGUCAGCACACUUACAUGGCAUAGGCGGUGUGAUCAACAAAGCACUUGAAGAUUCUGAUGAUGAUCUCAGAUACAAGGCAUGUGAAUAUAUCAUUCGUGUAGAUCACCAUCAAACAAACGAAAAGACCGUUCGUUUACUACUUCGAAUACUCAAAGAUUCGCAUAGUAGAUUGAACAGAGCUGUGUGGGAGGCACUCGGGGUAGUCCGAUAUGGUGCUGCAACUAACCAAGUCGUUGAUAUAGUAGUCAAAGCAUUGAAAGAUCCCGAUCAUGAUAUCAAUCGAGAUGCUCUCGAGAUGAUUAUCAAGGCGAAUAAACAGGUAGCGACGAAGGAAAUCAUCAGGGCACUCAACAGUAUAUUGCGAGAUGCACAAUCUCGGCUGAAAGAGUAUGCUUGCAACGCAUUGGCAGCGAUGGGCAACGAGGCAGCAACAGAAGAUGUCAUCGAUGCAUUGAAUCAAGCAGUCCGAAAUUCUGACGUGAGCAAAGCGGCUUGUGAAGCAUUAGCAGCGGUGAGUAACGCGGCAGCCCCAGAAGCAAUCAUUGAUGCAUUCUUAUAUGUGUUACGGCUUCCUAAAUGUCAUUUCAAAGUAACUGCUUUACGAGGACUGGCUGCGAUGGGUAAUAAGGGAGUUAACCAGAAAACUACCGAUGCAAUCAUCGAAGCGUUGCAGCAGUCUGAUGGGGAGUUCUUGCGCGAGGCAUGCAAAGUACUCAUAGCGACAGGCGACGAAACCACGAUCAAAACCACAAUUGACAUCUUAAUUGAAAAGUACAAAGGUGACAAUUAUGGUAUGAUAAAAUGGGCUGGUGAAAUACUCGUCGAACUGGCUGAAAGAAAACUCUUGAGCGCUUUCAUGAAUGUUUUCAUAGAAGCUAUGCAAUACUCUGACAAAUCUGUGACCGCGCUCAAAGUGCUAACAAAGAUGGAUUAUAAGUCAGACGUGAAGGAUAUCGUUACUGCAGCCAUUCAAGCUUCGCAUAAUCCAGCUGAGGAUAUCAAAUUAAGUGCAUACAAAUGGGUUUGGUGUUAA